AGGUAUGAAAACCCAACUCAAAAUGCUCAUUUAUCAAAGGCGUGCGAAAUAAAUUACGUAAAGAAGUACAUACUCGCGCUACAUAUCUGUCGAUAUCAGUAUAAAUCAUCCAGUCAAGAUGUGUGUUCCUGUAAGCCAGGAAACGGGAAGAAACCAUCGAUAAUUUCAUACGCUAAUGGAGUAGAUAACUUCAUGGAUGUACGCAUGCGCCAGAAUCUGUGUCAGGGACACAACAUGACACGACAGCCAAGGUCAGUCGUGUUUAGCGUCUGACACAAGGUGUAUGUAGCCAGUAUAAGUUAAAUUGUGAACAAAGCAUGAAUUUUACUCCACCAUACGCGAGAUCACCAGCAUGCAGUAUCGAGCCUUUAGACGAUUACGAAGCACCCAGAGCACCACUACUUCGACAGGUGUCACUUGAUGAGGAGAGACAAGAUGACUGCCAGGGCCACUGGCGAGGACCUUAUGUGGAGGGUGAGGAAGAAGAAAGAGGAGUAAGGCUGUUCAGAGCGAUGCUUCUGCAGCAUUUAAGACUGGAGGAACUUAGGCCGCCGCCCUGUUUGUUGGUGCCGGCUAAUCCUGAUCAAAGAGGUUGGUGGAUGUAUUGGAGAGAUUGGCGAGCUCUCGAAAAAGCGGCCAGAAGGUUCAGAGAAACCAAAGCACGUGCCAGACUUGCAGCUAGAGCAGAACACAUAUCUUUAUUAAGUCUUGACGAAGUUGCCUUUGAAGAUAUUAUGCAAGAGUUGUGUCAAGCAUGCGUUCACGCUGAGCAGAGGGCACUACUUGUACUUGCAUUUCUAUGCGAGGUCUGUGCGCGGGCGGUGAAGGUCGGGGGCUGGUGUAGAGCUGCAGAUUGGGCUGCUAGACAUGUAGCUCAAUGCGCUACACCUUGGGCUAUUAGACACGGAGGAUGGAGUAACGUGGUGGAACGAGCGAGUGGAACAAGGCGAGAUGACACAAUAUUGGCUGGGGCAGCAAUUGCAGCAUUGCUGGCUUUUCUUUUAUUUUGCAAAACGCGUCUUCGUUUAACACUUCUAUAAUUCCUGGGUACUAUGGGGUUGGAAUUGCAAACUCAUGGUCAAGAUUUCUAAAUGUCAGAGUAGGAGAUGGCCUCUUACGUAAUAACUGGAGGUUGUUCGCGGAGGUGCCCAAUACAACCAGGUACUUAAGUUUGCCCUUAAUAAUUACUUGUAAUAAUUGCUUGAAUAUUCUCAAACAUUAUCCAUGGUAUCGAUCCUGUUAUACGAGAUA